AUGGAUAAAGCUUCUGUAACAAGAACAAUUGAAAAACAAAUACAUUAUAUAACUAUUCAUGGUCCAGGAAAUGAGAAACAGAAUGCAAUACAUUUCCAGAAACAAUUCGAAACCACACCUCCGCUGCAGGCUGUAGCUACCCAUGGGACUACUUCUCCACAUG